AUGCGACGGCCCAUUUUCUUCUCUUGUUUCCAUAGUUCCCCUGCAACUUUGGCAUCCAAGAAGUCCAUAAAGCAAUUCAAGCUAGCAGAUAUUGGUGAAGGAAUCACGGAAUGUGAGGUCAUCAAAUGGAGCGUUGAACCAAAGUCUACGGUGCAAGCAUUCGAUGCACUCUGCGAGGUGCAAAGUGACAAAGCCAGCGUAGAGAUCACCAGUCCUUACGACGGUGUCGUUACCCAGCUUUUAGUUCAGGAAGGAGAAGUCGCGAAAGUGGGAACUGGGCUGUGUUUGAUAGAGGUGGAGGUGGAAGAAGAAACGGACUCCCCGGACGCCGUCAAAAAGGAAACGCCAGUACAACCUGCAGCCGAAUCCUCUCCAGAGUCGUGUCCAGACGCGGAGACCGCUAUGACGCCACGACCACACCCAUUAGAUCCAAGCCAUCCUGCACCAAAGGCCGACAAUUUUUUGGCCACUCCUUCCGUUCGACAUUACGCCCGACAGAAAGGUAUCAAACUAGCUCAGGUCUCUCCAGGCAGUGGACGAGAUGGCAGAGUUGAGAAGAACGACAUUGAGCGAUAUCUCUCGGAGCAGGCCUCUGCAUCACCAUCGCAAAGUCUUCCUGGCCAGGACGCCAUUGUGGAACUCGGCCGUACUCGAUAUGGCAUGUGGAAAGCUAUGGUGAAGAGUCUAGAAAUACCACAUUUUGGGUACUCAACAACUCUCGAUCUUACGGCCUUAUACAACCUUUUACCGAUAUUGAACGCGCAUAUACCUGAGCAUUACAAACCUUCGCCCUCUUCACUCCCGUCACCGUUGACAGUUUCUCCGUCUGCUGUCUAUCCAGCACCUUCUCUGCCCCAAGUUGCGCCUUCUCAACAAUAUACACACCUGACGUACCUUCCUGUCCUUCUUAAGACACUUUCAAAAUCAAUGCUCGAAUGGCCACUUUUCCGUUCCUCCAUAACACCCGGCACGUCUGAUCCAGGCGCGAAACCCACCCUGACAGUACGCCCACAUGCCGACGUUAGCAUCGCCCUUUCUACCCCGACGGGUUUGUACACGCCUACACUGCAUAGCGUCGAUACGUAUAACAUGUAUGGCCUCGCGUCAACUCUUAAGCGUCUUUCCCAUCUAGGCAGACAAGUUCCGUGUGGACUCACACCUAAGGAGAUGCCCAAAGGAGGUGGAACGUUGACCGUGUCUAAUGUUGGGGCCGUUGGUACCGGGGAGUUUGCCGCGCCAGUGCUUGUACCUGGAAGCGGCGUUGCGAUUGUCGCUAUUGGGAGAGCGAAAUGGAUAUGGGAUGUGGAUGUCGGAGACGGAAAAGGAGAAAGGAGGCUGAAGGUUGGGGUAAGCUGGAGCGCUGACCAUCGCGUCGUUGAGGGCGCCGAGCUGGCCGCAUUCGUGGAAUGCUGGAGAGGAUAUGUUGAAGUUCCGGAAAGGCUAAUCGCCGAUUCAGUGUGA